AUGAGGAUCGAUUUGCCACAACCGAGGAAAGAAUGGCUUACGCGUAGAGUUUCACAAUCGCUAUUUGAGAAACAUUUCCUCAGUAGAUUUUAUUAUCCACCUACUAAAUUACGAUCCAAAAAAAGGCUGACCACAGAGCAAGUGCUAAAACAUAAAUGGCCUACGGGUAAAAUGGCAAUGGACAUUGACUUACUGAGUGACUUUGUCGAGAACUUUGAUGCUCGUAGAACAUUUGGAAGAGCAGUGGAAGUU